AUGCAUCCCGGCCUCGUAGCCAUGGCACCGAUGCGCCGCCCCGCUGCUGCCGCCAAGCCCGUCCUCCGGCGACCAGCGCAGCGCCGGGCGUACUACCCAAAGGAGCAGUGCCCCGGCCGCUCCGAAGCCAACGCCUGCAGGUUCAGCACGGUGAGCGUUGGGGACAAGGCCGGACUGCAACCUGCUCGCGGACAGACGAGGUGUUGCUUCUGCGACGCUGACCUCCUGCAGAAGCAUCUGACGACUGCUCCAGGCAAGCGAGCCAUCAGCAAUGCCCUCGAGUACUUCAAGGAGCACGAUGAGGAGAUAUACGAUGACGCGUGCAACCGGAUCAAGGCUUUUGUUGGUCAGGAAGCCUUAGACCAGUGCCUGGGCAGAUUGGCGCGGCUGCAUAAGAAGGGACCCACAAAGGCCGCGCGUGCUCGCAACGCGCAGCAGAAGCGUGAGCAGCGAGAAGCGGCGGCCCGAGUCUCCAAGGGCGAGCAGCGGCGCGCUCUCCUGGCAAGCCGUGCGGCGCAAGGUCGGCCGACCGACGCCGAGCAGGCAGAGCACGAGCGAGAGGAGGCUGCCUGCCUUCGCAGGCUGGCACGCAAGCUCCCCGCCAUCUACCAGGAGGACCGCAGGCGACCGACUGCAGAGUGGCGCAGCCGUCUUGCUGAGGGCUUCUGCAAGUGGGCGCGGUACGAUUCGUGGAGCAUGUGCUCCGAAUGCCAUCGCCUGCAGCCCCAGAAAUUCUGGCCCACGCACGUCAGGCGGCCUGACAGGAAGGCAGCGCCCAGCAAGUGCAAGUAUUGCCAGAAAGGCAUUGGCUACUGGGCACCUCGCCCGGAGGAAGUCCCGGAACCUUUGAGAAACUUGCCGGACGCCGUGCUGGAGGCGCUGACCAUGUUCGACAUCUACACGGGGCCGGGCGAGCGAGCGCAAGGAGGCUACUGGGCUCACACCGCCCCGAUUCGCUUCAGCUGGAAGGCGACAUCCGUGGAGCGGCGGCUCGAGGCGCUGCGCAGCAAGUCCAGCAGGAAGAAGGGACGCAAGGCGUAUCGCUUUCUGACGGACGAGGGCUCGGGCAGUUCUUACGGCGAGUUCUUGGCCUCGCACCAACGCUUCUUGGGGCAGCGAUGGCGUAAGAUCGUCGACGGGGAGGUGGACGCCGCCGACCCCAUUCCUUGGCUGCCCAUGAACUUCAUCGAGACAGUGGGCCUGGAGUGUGCAGCAUGGCCUCACCUGUACUGGUGCACGGAAAUGUGCGAAACUUACGUCCGCAGCCAGGUGAGAGGCGACAGCUCCGACGAGGAGGCCGAGUUCGAGGAGAAUGCGCAGGACGGGGAGCAGUUGUGGCGCCAGAGCUUCAAGUCCAGCUUCCUCGCCAAGGUCUUCUCCGGAGUGAUCGGCUACGGCGCAGAUUGGAAGCUCGCCCAAUUUGUCUACGACCUGUGGCUAUGGAGCAGCCUUGGCGGAGCUAAGCACUGCGGCGGCACCUCACUUCGCAUGGCCCUGGCCGGCAGAAACUUCUCGCCUGUGUACUGGCACAAUAUGCAUGCCGCGCUGGUGGAUGUGGUGAAGCAGAUCGGCCUUCCUGCGCUCUUCAUCACUGUGUCGCCCUUCGAGCCGUCUGCCCCGUAUCACGUCUGGUUGGAAGACGAGCUCAAGAAGAUGCUGCGCACCCGGACCAAUCUCCCAGCUGCGGAGACUUUCCACCUGGCGCACCUUCUGACUCAAGUCGCCGAAGGACUCAUAUGUGGCACCAACAAGCGAAACCUCAAAGCGAAGCAUCGGUGCUGGAGAGAGCACGUCCUGGCAGCUGCCGACAGCGGCCAGACUGACACGGUCGUCGAGAUCUUCGGUCGACUAGAGUUCCAGGACGGCAAGCGGAAACGACAUGUGGGGCAAGCGCAGAACUACCACGGAUCCGGCCGUGCCCAUCUCCACCUUUUGGUUUGGAUGAAGAACAUGCCGGCCGUGGACUGGUCCAACAUCCUGCGAGCCGACUUGGCGGAAGACGAGCCGGAGAUGAAGGACUUGGUCGAGGACUCGCAGUUGGAUUACGACAGCAGCGCUUGGCCUUUGCGAGAAGACCCGACGACUUUCGACGAAGCCAGCGGCCGCAUCUUGCUACACCAUCCUCAGAGCGCCAAGGCGGCGCACGUACGAGCUUUCUUGUCUGAUGUCAUAGCAGCCAUGCAGUGCCACAUGGACGUGCUGACGGGGGACGGCCGAGCUCUGCUGCUGCAGUAUGUUGCCAGCUACGCAGCCAAGUUCAGCGACUCCUUCGCCACAACCUGGCUGAAUGAGGAGGCGUCGGCCUACCACUUGGCGCGGCGGAUCCUGUCAGAGUACCAUCCGCUCGAGCCCGAGAUGUGGCUGCAGCUGGGUGCGCAGUUCUUCCGGCAGGUCAUCGCGACCCCUGUGAUGCGGCGCCUCAGCGUGCGCUGUUCCUGGACUGGCCCGCCCGGCGAGUGGGAGAAGAAGUACAUGGAGUGUGAGUGGAGAGACAACGAUUGCACGCUGCUGGAAUACAUGCGGCUGUCCAACAAGGACGGGCGCCGGCGAUCCACAAUACGUGGUGGGGGCCGCCGCCGCGUCGCUGUUGUUGCUCAGCUGCACAGCCGGCUCAAGGACUCCUUCUACGGGCAAUGGCUCCUUCUCAACGUGCCUUUUCGGGAAGUAGAUGAACUCUGGGACGACCGCGUAUUGGGCGUGCCGGAAGGUUACCGCAUGUUGGCCUUAUGUCUGCUUCGGCGCCCCGGCUUGUGGCGCCGCCCGAUGGAAGUGCAGAGAGAGCUGCAGCUGGAAGGGUAUCGGGACGCGCACGUCCGCAACAUCCUGGCCAUGCUGGAGGCACACACGGCCGUCGUCGACGCCUACCUCACUGGCGCGCUCAAUUUGGAAGACGACCCGGUGCCCAUACCGGGCCUGUUUGCGGCGCCAGAACUGGGAUUUCGAGGGGCGCUGGAUCCCGAGCAAGUGAUGGCGGUGGACAACGUCCGCGAAAUGGUCGAGUGGGCCGUGCAGAGGCGGUAUCCGGACGAGGCCACGGCCGAAGAUUUGCGCAACUUCACUGAAACUCGCUUGGAGCGCGCUCCUCGCAAGGGGCGGCCGCUGUGCAUCCUUGGACCAGCGGGCAGUGGCAAGUCCACGUGCGUGGAGGUCGCCAUCCGCCGCGCCGUGGAAGCCGGCGCUCACAUCGGCAUCGCGUGCCCUACUGGAGUGUUGGCCAGCAGCUACAGGGAGAAAUUCCCGGACCUCGACGUGGACACCCUCCACGGCAUGUUCUUGUUGCACAAGCCUGAGAACGAAACCUGGGAUGCCAUGACCUUUUUCGACUUGGUCGUCAUCGAUGAGGUCGGGCAGCUUUCCAAAUCGACGUUCGAGCGCCUGCUGCGACUCUGGGACAACGCCGAGCGAAGACCGGCCUUGGUGUUCGUUGGGGAUUUCCACCAGCUGCGAGGCAUGGACCCCACACGUGCCUCGGACAGCCCCCGGUGGCGAUCGCAGGUCGUGGUGCGGCAUCUGAAGACUAUGCGUCGCUGUAAAUGCUCGGAACUGCGGUGGAAACUCGAGCUGCUGCGCACGGCCAAGCCCUCCAGGCAGCAGCUCCUGAACUUGAUACGGGGGUAUCGCGCAAUGCCGGACAGGCCCGGAGUUUCGCCAGAUCCCACCGUGCUCGACAUGCGAGACAUGCUCGCUGCUGCCCCGACAAGUACCUUUGUGACAAUCACAAGGUGCAACGCCGCCCUGCUGAACGACCUGGCCAUCGACGCCUUGUUCGGCGAUUCGGAGCCCGUUUGCACCGUGCCUGGGGAUCCCGAAAGCAACGUCGACAACUAUGGUAGGAUGGCCAGCGAGCAGAUGCAGGCGGAGGGCCCAGCCGGAGCCGAGUGGGGGCACGCAGCAGCUCUGCGAGUGGUGGAGCACAGCGGUCUUCCAGCGCCAAAGGAGGUGCCGAGGCAAGAGAACGAACAGACGACAACCCUUUGUGAGCAGCUGCUUCUGCUGCCGAAUUAUCGCAGCGCAGCGCCACCUCUAGUGCCGUACAGCACCCAGGCCGCACAGGGACGCAUCAGCAAAUGCGUCAGCUUCGGCAAUGAGCAGAAGUGGCAUGCCGGCCGGGCAGGGCGGGGGGGGCAAACACCCUGGUUUAAAACCGUGUCCGGCAUGCGGGUGACGCUCACUCGCAACGUCAACAAGGAGCUCCACUUCGUGAAUGGCAUGACUGCCGUGGUGGUGGACGUCCAGCAACACAGUGUGGUGCUGCGCACCCGUGUCGGCAACAUCGUCACAGUUUUCCCGUAUACCGACGACGAGUUCGAGGUGAUGGGGGAGUUGCGCAGGGUGACUUACCUGCCUCUUCGACUGGGUUACGCCAUCACGUUGCAAAAGGUGCAAGGUGCCACUCUCGACCACGUGACCAUCUGGCUGGAUGUUGCGAACGCGGGGCUAUGUAGCACUUUCUCGCGUCCAGCGAGCGCGUUAGCUGGACAUCGUGUCGUGACAUAUGUCGCUAAUUUGCCAUUCCUGACUCCACAGGUCAUGCCUGUGAUCCAGAGCGUGCGCAAGGUCACGCGGGCGCCUUCAAGGAAGACGGUCCGCAUCAUCCUUGGCCUCGGUGGACACGUCCUAGAUGAGGAGGUCCACUUCAAUAUGAAGGUGUGGACCCUGGCCCGGCGCCUCGCGGCAGAGCACUGGGGCGAAGGUGCGUGGGGACUUCGCGUGGUGAGCGAGGAUAACUUCCCGUGCGAGCAUUGGACCCGGGUUACGUGCGUGAAGGAGAUCACCAUCAUCCGAGCAUCCCCGCACCCCGGCCUCGCAGCCAUGGCACCGAUGCGCCGUCCUGCUGCUGCCGCCAAGUCCGUGCUCCGGCGACCAGCGCAGCGCUGCGCAUCUUACCCAAAGGAGCAGUGCCCCGGCCGCUCUGAAGCCGAUUCCUGCAAGUUCAGCACAGUGAACAUUGGGGAGAAGGCACGCAUCCAGCCAGCGCGAGGACAGACGAGAUGUUGCUUCUGCGACGCCGACCUCUUGCAGAAGCACCUGAGGACGGCCCAAGGCAAGGGAACCAUUAGCGCUGCCCUUGAUUUCUUCAAGGAGCAUGAUGAAGGCAUCUAUGAUGAGGCUUGCAACAACAUCAAGGCCUUGGUCGACCAGGAAGCCUUGGAUCAGUGCUUGAGGAGACUGGCGCAGCUGCAGAAGAAGGGCCCCACGAAGGCCGCGCGCGCUCGCAACGCCCAGCAAAAGCGCGAGCAGCGCGAAGCUGCCGCUCGAGUCUCCAAGAGCGAGCAGUGGAGCGCCUCCCUGGCGAGGCGUGUGGCGCAAGGUCAGCCGACCGAUGCCGAGCGGGCGCAGCACGAGCGAGACGAGGCUGCCUCUGUUCGCAGGCUGGCACGCAAGCUUCCUGCCCUCUACCAGGAGGACCACAGGCGCCCGACGGCGGAGUGGCGCAGCCGUCUGGCCGAGGGCUUCUCAAAGUGGGCGCGCUACGAUUCCUGGAGCAUGUGCUCUGAAUGCCAUCGUUUGCAGCGGCAUAAAUUCUGGCCCACGCACGUCCGGCGGCCUGACAGGAAGGCGGCUCCCAGCAAGUGCAAGUAUUGCCAGAAAGGCAUUGGCUACUGGGCACCUCGCCCGGAGGAAGUCCCGGAGCCUUUGAGAAGCUUGCCGGACGCCGUCCUGGAGGCGCUGACCAUGUUCGACAUCUACACGGGGCCGGGCGAGCGAGCGCAAGGGGGCUACUGGGCUCACACCGCCCCGAUUCGCUUCAGCUGGAAGGCGGCGUCCGUGGAGCGGCGGCUCGAGGCGUUGCGUGGCAAGUCCAACAGGAAGAAGGGGCGCAAGGCGUAUCGCUACCUGACAGACAAGGACUCGGGCAGUUCCUACGGCGAGUUCCUGGCCUCGCACGAACGCUUCCUGGGGCAGCGCUGGCGGAAGAUCGUCGAUGGGGAGGUGGACGCCGCCGACCCGAUUCCUUGGCUGCCCAUGAACUUCAUCGAGACCGUGGGCCUGGAGUGUGCAGCGUGGCCUCACCUGUACUGGUGCAUGGAAAUGUGCGAAACUUACGUCCGCAGCCAGGACACUCGGCGACGGACUCGAGCAGGCGGUGGAAGCCAACGGGUCGUGAGAGGCGACAGCUCCGAAGAGGAGGCCGAGUUCGAGGAGAAUGCGCAGGACGGGGAGCAGUCGUGGCGCCAAAGCUUCAAGUCCAGCUUCCUCGCCAAAGUCUUCUCGGGAGUGAUUGGCUACGGCGCAGAUUGGAAGCUUGCCCAAUUCGUCUACGACCUGUGGCUUUGGAGCAGCCUCGGGGGGGCCAAGCACUGCGCCGGCGCCUCGCUUCGAGGGGCCCUGGCCGGCAGAAACUUCUCGCCCGUGUAUUGGCACAACGCGCAUGCGGCGCUGGUGGACCUGGUGAAGCAGAUCGGCCUUCCUGCGCUCUUCAUCACCGUGUCGCCCUUCGAGCCGUCUGCCCCGUGCCAUGUAUGGUUGGAAGACGAGCUCAAGAAGAUGCUGCGCACCCGAACCAACCUCCCAGCUGCAGAGACCUUCCACCUGGCGCACCUUCUGACUCAAGUCGCCGAAGGACUCAUAUGUGGCACCAACAAGCGAAACCUCCAAGCGAAGCAUCGGUGCUGGCGAGAGCACGUGCUGGCAGCCGCCGAUGGCGGCCAGACAGAGACGGUGGUCGAGAUCUUCGGUCGACUGGAGUUCCAGGAUGGUAAACGACAACGUCAUGUAAGGGAACCACAGAACUACCAUGGAUCUGGUCGCGCGCACCUGCACCUUUUAGUUUGGAUGAAGAACAUGUCGGCCGUGGACUGGUCCAACAUCCUGCGAGCCGAUCUGGCAGAAGAUGAGCCGGAGAUGAGGGACUUGGUCGAGGACUCACAAUUGGACUACGACAGCAGCGCCUGGCCUUUGCGAGCAGACCCGACGACCUUCGACAAGGCCAGCAGCCGCAUCUUGCUACACCAUCCGCACAACGCCAAGGCGGCACACGUCAGAGCUUUCUUAUCCGACGUCAUAGCAGCCAUGCAGUGCCACAUGGAUGUGCUGACAGGUGAUGGGCGUGCUCUGCUGCUCCAGUAUGUUGCCAGCUACGCAGCGAAGUUCAGCGACUCCUUCGCCACGACCUGGCUGAACGAAGAAGCGUCGGCGUACCACUUGGCGCGGAGGAUCCUGUCGGAAUACCACCCGCUCGAGCCCGAGAUGUGGCUGCAGCUGGGCGCGCAGUUCUUCCGGCAGGUCAUCGCGACCCCUGUGAUGCGGCGCCUCAGUGUGCGGUGUCCCUGGACCGGCCCGCCCGGCGAGUGGGAGAAGAGGUACAUGGAAUGCGAGUGGCGCGAAGAUGACUGCACGUUGCUGGAAUACAUGCGUCUGUCCAACAAGGACGGGCGUCAGCGAUCCAAGUUGCGCGGUGGAGGCCGUCGCCGUGUGGCUGUCGCUGCUCAGCUGCACAGCCGACUCAAGGACUCGUUCUACGGGCAAUGGCUCCUUCUCAAUGUGCCGUUUCGGCAGGUCGAUGAGCUCUGGGACAACCGUGUAUUGCGUGUGCCGGAAGGUUACCGCAUGCUGGCCUUGUGUCUUCUUCGACGCCCUGGCCUGUGGCGACGACCGCUGGAAGUUCAACGGGAGCUGCAGCUGGAAGGGUAUCGGGACGCGCACGUCCGCAACAUCCUGGCCAUGCUGGAGGCACACACGGCCGUCGUUGAUGCCUACUUCUCCGGGGCACUCAACGUGGAGGACGACCCGGUGCCCAUCCCGGGCUUGUUUGCCGCGCCCGAACUGGGGUUUCGCGGGGCGCUGGAUCCCGAGCAAGUGACUGUGGUGGACAACGUCAGGGAAAUGGUCAAGUGGGCCGUGCAGAGGCGGUAUCCGGACGAGGCCACGGCCGAGGACUUGCGCAACUUCACUGAAACUCACUCGGAGAGCGCGCCUCGCACGGGGCGGCCGCUGUGCAUCCUGGGGCCAGCGGGCAGUGGCAAGUCCACAUGCGUGGAGGUCGCCAUUCGCCGCGCUGUGGAGGCUGGCGCUCAUGUGGGCGUCGCCUGCCCUACUGGGGUGUUGGCCAGCAGCUAUAGGGAGAAGUUCCCGGACCUCGACGUGGACACCCUCCACGGCAUGUUCUUGUUACACAAGCCUGAGAACGAAACCUGGGAUGCCAUGACCUUCUUCGACCUGGUCGUCAUCGACGAGGUCGGGCAGCUUUCCAAGUCGACGUUCGAGCGCCUGCUGCGCCUCUGGGACAACGCCGAGCGAAGGCCGGCCCUGGUGCUCGUCGGGGAUUUCCACCAGCUGCGGGGCAUGGACUCCACACGCGCUUUGGACAGUCUCCGCUGGCGAUCGCAGGUCGUGGUGCGGCAUCUGAAGACCAUGCGUCGCUGUAAAUGCUCGGAGCUGCGCUGGAAACUCGAGCUGCUGCGCACGGCCAAGCCCUCCAGGCAACAGCUGCUGAACUUGAUACGGGGGCAUCGCGCAAUGCCGGAUAGACCCGGAGUGUCGCCAGAUCCCACUGUGCUGGACAUGCGAGACAUGCUUGCGGAAACCCCGAAAAGCACCUUUGUGACAAUCACCAGGCGCAAUGCCGCCCUACUGAACGAGCUGGCCAUUGAUGCCUUGUUCGGCGAGUCGGAGCCUGUUUGCAUUGUGCCUGGGGAUCCGGAAAGCAACGUCGACAACUACGGUCCCGGGGGAAAAUUGAUAGAUUGCCACCCCGCGCAAAUCCCGGUCCACAUAGGCAUGCGGGUUACCCUCACUCGGAACGUCAACAAGGAGCUGCACUUCGUGAAUGGCAUGACUGCCGAGGUGGUGGACGUCCAGCAACACUGCGUGGUGGUGCGCACCCGGGUCGGCAACAUCGUCACGGUGUUCCCGUACACAGACGACGAGUUCGAGGUGAACGGGGAACAGUGCAGGGUGACCUACCUGCCUCUUCGACUAGGUUACGCCGUCACGUUGCAGAAGGUGCAAGGCGCCACUCUCGACCACGUGACCAUAUGGCUGGAUGUUGCGAAUGUGGAAGCUGCUGGCUACGUAGCACUCUCACGCGUCCAGCGAGAUGCCGAUUGGCGAUUCAUCGGUCAUGUCACUCCUCACCAUUUCACACCAGCUAGAGGUGUAUAG